AUGCAUAUGACAAAGGACUCAAAGUUUCACAUAGCCAUGUUUCCAUGGUUUGCCUUGGGGCACUUGACUCCAUACCUCCAUCUCUCCAACGAGCUUGCUCAAAGAGGCCACAAAAUCUCUUUUUUGUUGCCAAACAAGGUUCAAAUUCAAUGGGAAGCUACGAAUCUCCAUCCCAACCUCAUCACUUUCCACCCCCUCGCCGCCUCAUACGUCAAAGGCCUCCCUCUGGACGCCGAGACAGCUUCUGACAUACCCAUUGUCCUAACCACUCACCUAGCGACCACCAUGAACCUUACUUGUGAUCAAAUAGUGUUCUGUAGUGUUGUUUCUGCGGCAACGCUGGCGAUGCUUUUAGUCCCUGCGUGUAAAGUUUUUAAAGACAAGAUGCUAAUGGAGGCCGAAAUGGUAAUGCCACCACCAGGCUACCCGUCUUCUACCGUGGUGUUGCAUGUACAUGAAGCUCUUGCAUCACCAGACAUAUCAUCUAAGUUUGGUAGCGGUAUAACGUUCUAUGAUCAUUUCACAACCUCCAUGAAAGAAUGUGAUGCAAUCUCUAUUAGAACAUGCCAAGAAAUAAAGGGAAAAUUUUGUGACCACAUAACAAGCCAUUGGGCCCAAGCUCUCUCUAGCUUCAUCAAAAGAAAACGCCUUUUGCAGAUCAUUACUGGUGCUCUUCCCAAACCCAACCAGAAAGAGGAUGAGACUAACUCUGCAUUCAAUGACCGUCUUGACGAAUGGGAAAGUAAGAAUUAUCAAAUUAUCACAUGGUUCUGGGCUACCUUAGUUCCUUCCAUCAACCUUCAGUUUGGAUGCUUUCAGUAUGAUGUGUAG